AUGGCUGCUGUGCCUCUGUUCCUGCUCACGACUCUCCUGCCCCUGCUGGUGCUCACCGCCCAACAGGACUCUAGCAUUGUGAAUGGCCGGGAGGCUAAGCCACACUCCAGACCUUACAUGGUCUCUGUGCAGCAAAAUAAAAGGCACAAAUGUGGUGGUUUCCUGGUGUCCGACUCCUUCGUAAUGACUGCAGCACAUUGCCUGACAUGGCGACAGAACUUGACAGUUCUGCUCGGUGCCCAUGACAUUUCUGAGAAUCAAAAGUCAAACAGGGCUGAAGUGAAGUUUUACCACAUCCACCCUGGGUUUGAAGCUGAUACACUGAAGAAUGACAUCAUGCUGUUGCAGGGGGAUUCUGGAGGUCCUCUGGUGUGUAAGGGCACAGCGGUGGGAAUUGUGUCCUUCAAUGACUACGGAAACUGCAAUAAACCUGAAAAACCGAAUGUUUACACUCGGAUAUCCAAAUACCUGUCCUGGGUCAAAUGUAUCAUAAGCAGUGUAAACUGA